UCAUCUUUAACCAUUUCCUUCUUUCAUCCUUUUCUUCCCUUUUAUUUUCUACUUCCUCCUCAGCACUUUAUUGUUUUUUAUCAUAUUCUUUUUCUUCCCUUUUAUCUCUUCAUCCAUUUCUUCCUCUUCACUCCUUUCUUCCUCCUCACCCCAUCCCUCAUCGUCACCUCCAUUCCUCGCCCCGCAGGAGGCAGCCUUCACGCCCACGGUAGUCAUGGCCACCCCGCCGGGAAUGGCCACCUUCAGCUACAGCGAACCCCUCCUGCUGUCUGAGUACAAUGUGAUGUUUGCCCGCCCUGGCCUGAUGCCUAGUGGGGACGGCUUCAUCUGGCCCUUCACACAGCUGCUGUGGGUGCUGUUGCUGGUGAGUUGCGUCAUCGUCUUUGUGGCCACGAUGUUUACCCUGCGAGGCCAAGCCGUGAUGCUGAGGGCUGCGGUGGACAGAGGAGGCGGCUUCGGCGACUCGAGUGACGUCGAGGAGAUGGAGAUGGACGGAGGCACCUGGUGGAGGAGUGCCAAUCGAGCCUUCCUGUGGACCUGGUCGGUACUAAUGAGUCAGAGUGUGCCGUGGACGCCGCUUGGAACCGCCGUGCGGCUGGUGGCGGGGAUGUGGCUGCUGUGGAUAGUGGUAAUGGGCGCGCUAUACCGCAGCAACCUGAAGGCCAUGCUCAUCCUGCCCAAGGUGCGGCUGCCCUUCGACAGCCUGGAGGAGCUGGCCGCGUCGGGCAUCCCGCUGGGCGUGCCUGAAGACUCCAUGGUGGAGGCCCUGCUGAAGGAGUCGGACAGCAGUUCAGUCCUGGGCAGGCUGCGGCAAAAUAUGAGGAUUCUAGGCGUGGAAAACUACGAGAAACACUCCGCUGACCUCUUUGGCGGAAUGCUGGCGGUGGCCUCCUACACCUCCACCCUCAGGAGGGCCAUCCACAGCGAUUUUAGUUUCAAGGGGAGGUGUCGCACCUACCUUAUGUCCCGCGGCUUCUUCGGUCCCGCUAGCCUCAGCAUGGUGUUCCCGCGCGGCUCGCCUCUCAUGGCCAAAGUGAACAAAAUCAUUGAACAACUGCGAGAGGCCGGUAUUCUUGACUACCUGCUGAACGCCGCUUACUUCAACGGCACCGAAUGCCUCAAGCCCAUCACCUCCUUCAGCCUGCCCUCGGAGCGGCCCCUCGAGCUGUUGGACUUCUACGGGAUGUUCGCUCUCUAUCUGGCUGGCAUCGUGUUGGCCCUGCUGGUGUUCCUGUUGGAGAUGACCUUUGACCCCACCAAGCGCGGCAAGAAGAUGGGCGGUGACGGCAGGGCCCCUUGAAUGACCCCGUGACCUUCUGUUGACGACGAGUAUAAUAAUGCCGAUUGAAUUACUCCCCUGUGGCUUCUUUUUAUGUCUCUCUCUCUCUCUCUCUCUCUCUCUCUCUCUCUCUCUCUCUCUCUCUCUCUCUCUCUCUCUCUCUCUCUCUCUCUCUCUCUCUCUCUCUCUCUCUCUCUCAAGUUAUAGUAGAUAGUGAGUAUUGACUAUUGGGAACAUAUAACUGCAAGAUGCCUUUUAAUAUUUUACAACCAAAGAGUAAAGAAGAUGACCAUUAACCGA